AUGGGUAUGCGUUUUCCUUCGGAUAAUGCUUGUAAAGAACCACUAUUAAACUCCAUCAAUCCUCAGUCAUGGCUCCAAGUUGAAAGAGGCAAACGCACCAAACUUUCACCACACUCUCCAUCUUCAAUUGAAUCCCUCAUCAAGGUCCCCGAUCCCCCGAUUCUCCCGCUCUACAAACCUGUCGACUAUGUCAAAGUCUUGGCCCAAAUUCACGAAGAGCUCGAAACUUGCCCCCCAGCCGAUAAAUCGAGCCUUUAUUUGUUACAGUAUCAAGUCUUCAAAGGCCUUCGUGAGUGCAAGCUGAUGCGAAGGAGCCUCCGCUCGGCCUGGCUCAAAUCGAGCACUGUUUAUGAAAAGCUCGUUUUUGGGGCAUGGCUGAAAUACGAGAAGCAAGGGGAAGAGAUCAUAUCUGAAUUGCUAUCUUCCUGCGGAGGAAAAUGCGCAAAUGAGUUUGCGGCCAUAGACAUUGCUUCUGAAUUCCCUUUUACCCGAACUUCCAUGACCCCGACAAAUGAUGCCCUUGCCCCUCCUCUCGUUUCUUUACGAAUCGGCAAUGAGAUGGUAACCUGCGAAAGGAGUGCGAUAGCUGCGCUCUCGGCUCCGUUUCAUGCGAUGCUACUCAAUGGCUGUUUCGCCGAAUCUUUCACUGAUGUUAUCGAUCUCUCGGAAAACAAGAUUUCUCCUUUAGGAAUGAGAACGAUAAGUGACUAUUCCGUAACGGGAAGUUUGAAUGCUGAUGUGGCGCACGGUCUUUUAUUAGAGAUAUUAGUAUUUGCAAACAGGUUCUGCUGUGAAGGUCUAAAAGAUGCCUGCGACAAAAAGCUAGCUUCUUUAGUGUCUUCCUGUUCAGACGCGAUCGAACUGAUGGAGUUCGCACUCGAGCAAAACUCCCCUGUCCUAGCUGUCACCUGUCUGAAGGCAUUCCUCGACGAACUCCCCGUCUCGCUGCAAAACGAGCGUGUGGUUGAGCUUUUAACUGGACUCGACAGGCAGCAGAUAUCGAUCAUGGUGGGUCCCGGGCCCGCAUCGUUCUCUCUCUAUUCUCUACUCUCCGAAGUUGCCAUGGAUUUAAACCCGUCCUCCAACGCGUCACUUCUUUUCUUGAACCAACUGGUGAUGAACUGUGCUGUGACUAGCCAGCAGAAAAUGAUCGCAUUCCACAAGCUCGGUUGUGUUCGGCUAAUGAGAAAAGAAUAUUUAGAGGCCGAGAAGCUAUUUGAGGCGGCCUUAUCAGAAGGGCACGUCUAUUCUGUUACGGGCCUGGUCCGUAUCGGCUGCAUUAUCAAGAAAGGGCCCCGUAAAGAAGAAUGGGCCUACGAUAAAAUCACCUCCGUUUUAUUAUCCUCUCACGGCCCGCCGCCGCUCGGGUGGAUGCAUGAGGAGCGAUCUUUGUACUGCGAUGGCGAGGCGAAAAGAUUGGAGGAGCUUAAACGGGCUACUGAGCUCGACCCGACACUGACCUACCCUUAUAUGUAUCGAGCUGCGUACUUGAUAAGGAAGCAAGACGUGCAGUCUGCGCUUGAUGAGAUCAACCGGGUGCUCGGUUUUAAGCUGGCCUUGGAGUGCUUGGAGCUUCGUUUUUGUUUCUACCUUGCGAUCGAGGAUUAUAAAUCGGCUUUGUGUGACCUUCAGGUGAUUUUAACGUUGUGCCCAGGUUAUAGGAUGUUUGACGGGCGGGUCGGGGCAUCUCAGCUUCGGGUGCUCGUUCGGGAGCAUGUGGAGAAUUGGACAACAGCCGAUUGCUGGCUGCAGUUAUAUGAUAAGUGGUCUUCGGUGGAUGAUCUCGGGUCGUUAUCUGUUAUAUAUCAAAUGCUCGAGUCGGAUUCGGCUAAAGGUGUUCUGUUUUUCAGACAAUCGCUGCUUCUUCUCAGACUCAACUGUCCUGAAGCUGCAAUGAGGAGUUUACAGCUGGCUCGCCAGCAUGCGUUGAGCGAAGCCGAAAGAUUAGUUUACGAGGGGUGGAUUUUAUACGAUAGCGGUUAUUGUGAAGAAGGGCUACAGAAAGCUGAGGAGUCCAUUAGUCUCCAUAGAUCCUUUGAAGCAUUUUUCUUGAAAGCAUAUGCUUUAGCUGACUCCAGUCAGGACCCAUCUUGUUCGUCAGCUGUAGUUUCGCUUCUUGAAGAAGCUUUGAAGUGCCCUUCGGAUAGACUUCGCAAAGGCCAGGCUCUGAACAAUCUUGGAAGUGUCUAUGUCGAUUGUGGAAAGAUCGAUGCUGCAGCCGAUUGCUACAUAAAUGCCCUCAAAAUCCGGCACACGCGGGCCCACCAAGGCCUUGCCCGUGUCCACUUUUUGAGAAAUGAUAAAAACGCAGCCUAUAAUGAGAUGACUAAACUGAUCGAGAAAGCAAGGAAUAAUGCAUCUGCUUACGAGAAGCGGUCAGAGUAUUGUGAGCGUGAGCUCACAAAGGCAGAUCUCGAAAAAGUCACUUCUCUCGAUCCUCUUCGGGUUUACCCUUAUAGAUACCGAGCUGCAGUUUUGAUGGAUAACCACAAGGAGAAAGAAGCGAUUGCUGAGCUUUCGAGGGCUAUAGCAUUCAAGGCGGAUCUUCAUCUUCUCCACUUACGAGCCGCAUUCCAUGAGCACAUUGGUGAUGUCAUGGGGGCCUUAAGAGACUGUCGAACCGCACUCUCGGUAGACCCUAACCACCAAGAGAUGUUAGAACUUCAUAGCCGAGUCAACACACACGAGCCUUGA